GGCAGCGACUGCGCGCUCUCCUCCCUCACGUCGGCCACCACCGCCGCCUCCGACAGCGACGGCGACGCGGAGGCGGACGCGGCAGGGGCCAAGCCGCGGGCCGCCCGCCAGUGGAGCACCUUCUCGGACGGCUCGGUGUCGCGCAGCACGCCCAACCUGUGGGAGGCGGAGGCGGCCUACUGCCGCGCCGGCCUGCCGGAAGCGCCCGCCGCCGGCUACGUCACGGUCGCCAGCGCCCCCUACGUCCGUAGGGGCAGCCUCGACGGCUGGCCACACACUGUCGCAGCAGCGGCUGCCGCACCGGCCAUCCCCGCAGGGUACACCCAGAUGGGCGCCAACAACGAGCUGGUGGCUGUGGCAGAACUGAAGACACCGUCGGCCGCCCACAACCUCAACGACAACGGGACGGGUAGGGGCUACGUGCCGCGGUCCGCGGAAGCUGCCCCGGCGGCCGCCAAGCAGCAGCUGGUGCUGACUCCGCUCACCCAGUGGGCGCCCAACCACGGCCACAACAGCACUGUGCCUUACGUCACCGCCGCCAGGCCGCAGCAGCAGCAGAACGUCCCCACCGCGUGGCCGUCCAUCCGCUGCGAGAUGCCCACUGCCGCCGCCACUGCAGCGCCCACCACAGCCAGAGGCUACGUCAGCGUGGACAACCUGCCCCCGCCGCCAGCCAGUUCCGCGCCCUCCGCCCCCGGCGCGUCGCCGACCCCGGCGGGCUACGUCGUCUGCAGCUCGGGCCGCCCCCCGGACGGCUACGUCACGGCAGGCCCGCCCCCGCCUGCGCAGACGCCCACGCACCACUGCAAGCCCGGCGGGGCGUACGUGCUGCUGGGGGAAGCGGCGGGUGCGGGCAGACUGCCGCCCCCGGCUGCCGCCCCCGCGCGUGGCUACAUCUCCCUGCAGCAGCUGGAGAGGACUUAAGCCCAGUAGGCGCCCUGCGCGCGACCAGAUCUGUUAGCUGGCUGCCAUAGCCUCAAACUUGCUCAAUUAUCAGUUCAGUGAAACCCGCAACUUCCGUUGCCCGCUAACUGCAGAUUUUCUUCCGCACGAGAAUCGACGUCAGUUAAGUCGCUGCUCUCUAGAGUUAAGACACCUACAGCUUUCCCCACCCUAUUCGACAGCCCACUGGAAGAGCACACGUGUAUAGGUUUCACUGUAUGUAACUGAAGCGUCGGCGUCAGUAGAGGGCGAUUAGAACAACACACACGAGAAGCCUGUGAAGUUCAAACCCGCCGGUAGUUGGCCGCUGAUUGCCAGAGUAGAAAUUUACGUAACUACGCAUGAUAGGAGUAACAAUGCGGGAGUACAUGUAAUACACAGCCUUUUAGUACAAUUCAAUUUACUGGCUGCGCCUUUAGUUUGUGGUUGAUCCGCAAAGACAUUUAAUCACGAAAGAUAGACUUUUGAUCAGGAAGAAAACUGGCGAUUGACGCCACGUCCACAGGAAUAAAGAAGGCAGCCAACUGCUAAGCGAAUUUAGCUUUUUUAGCUUAUAUUUUUAUCGUAAGUUCAUAGCUUUACCGAGAGUUGCUAAAGUAGCCACAAUUUCUGUUAGUUUGUCUCACAAGGUGAAAGACUUUUCAUCCCACAAGAGUGUAAAUUAUAGAAGUUCGUCUAUGAUAAGAAAAUAUUCUGUGCCUCUAUAAGAUGCUGAUACAAAGGUAUAGAUUGUUGACUGGUUACGAGUUAACUGUCAAAUAAUUGAUUCGUGGUAUGUGUACAACUAAAUAUAAAUACUAAGAGCACACACUGUGUGAAAUCUGCGUUUGUGUGAAUACUGGCCCAUUCUUGCUUAUUCUGCUUCAUUGUAUGUGUCUGCAAUAUGAGACUGUAUGUGUACCUGUAAGUAUUUGGAACAUUUCCGUGUUUGUGGUUGUCUCCUCACUGUGUGUGUGUGUGUGUGUGUGUGUGUGUGUGUGUGUGUGUGUGUGUGUGUGUGUUUUAGAAUGUUGAAACUGUACCUGUGAUGAAUAUUAAUCAUGUAUGGCCACUUCUGGAUAUGAGUGUAUACUGUGUUUUAGUUGUAUAAAACUAGUGACUUUCUCAAAAAAAUGAGGUAAUAUUAAUAAGUCAUUCUUCAUCAGCUGCUAAAAAGUGCCUUUUUUGCAGUUCUUUAUUAAGUGCGUAUAGUGUGUAUUUCACCACAAGAUGUACCGAAUACGUAUAAAAAAUAAGUUUACAUUACCAAUGCAAAAAUGUAAUCUUUUUGUUCAAUAAUCGUUUUAUCUGUAUCACUGCUCAACUACUAGUUAAAUCUUCUGCAUCUGUUAUCGACUGAAGUUGUACCUCAUCACAAGGCAAAGUAAAAUUUUUAUCAUUCAAAUAUAAAUUGUCCACUUUUAUGUUAUACACAUAGGAAGUGUGAUAUAUUAAAUCACUUUUAAUGGCACAAAUUUAAAGUUCUAUUUUUUGCUUAUUCUGUACAAAUACAGAUUCGUAAUCAAACUUGUCCUUCUUGUAUAAUUGCCUGUACUGCUUAUAUUGUGAAAUGGGUACAAAAUAAACCUGUCCACAAAAGUCCACUAUUUGACAGUAGUAUGUGUAUUUUGUAAAACUGAUGCAGUGUUGUAAAAACCAAAUGAAGAACAAAUAAAAUUACCGCCUGUACCUUGACUAAAAUUUAGUUUCAUGCUUACUAGAGAACAUUACUUGAUCACAGAACCUGGUGUUGUAUUCAUACUGCUGUUAUAGUCAUAUGAGAUUAUGUUUUAUUUUUGUUUUUAUUGUAUAAGCAAAAGCAGAUAUACACUAGCAAUUGUUAUCUCUGUAUAUAUUUUGGUACCGGUACUUUUUAAGAUGUAUGUAAGCCACUGCAAUAAAUUGUGUGAGUCAUAAUUGUA